GGGAGGGGGCGGGGACUGGACGUGGCGCCUGGAAGAGAAGGAGGAGGAAGAAAGAGAGCAUAGACUUUCGCACCGGCCUAGAGCGGCCCUCAAAGUGUAAAAGAGAGGAGGGUGGGCGGGGACCACCCUCAACAGGCCCCCAGCGGAAUCAUGGCGACCCGGAACCCCCCUCCCCAAGAGUAUGAAAGUGAUGACGAGUCUUACGAAGUGUUGGAUUUAACCGAGUACGCAAGAAGACACCACUGGUGGAAUCGAGUGUUUGGCCACAGUUCGGGACCUAUGGUAGAAAAAUACUCAGUAGCCACUCAGAUUGUAAUGGGUGGAGUGACUGGCUGGUGUGCUGGAUUUUUGUUCCAGAAAGUUGGAAAACUUGCAGCAACUGCAGUAGGUGGUGGCUUUCUUCUCCUUCAGAUUGCCAGUCACAGUGGCUAUGUGCAGAUUGACUGGAAGAGAGUUGAAAAAGAUGUAAACAAAGCAAAAAGACAGAUUAAGAAACGGGCAAAUAAAGCGGCACCUGAAAUCAACAAUAUAAUUGAAGAAGCAACAGAAUUUAUCAAACAGAACAUCGUGAUAUCCAGUGGAUUUGUGGGAGGCUUUUUGCUAGGCCUUGCAUCUUAAGGACGUGAAUGUUUUAUCAGUGGAUUCAACUGUGACGAGCAGUGGUGGCAUCAAGACAGCCUCUCAAUAGCAUGUGCCACCAGAUUCUCCAGGGCAAGGAGAAACAAUUACCUGGACAAUACUGAAUUCGCAACUUUAGUGUUUUGCCUUCUGAAGCUUGGCAAACUAGUAUCUGCUGUAAAAUACCCUGUGUCGUAUGUGUAUAAUAGUAUUCCUGAGCAAAAACUUUGAUCCUUUUAAAAAAAAUUGCAUCUGUUUAGAAAUUAGCCUAUAAAAUAUCAUCAAAGCAUGUAGAUGUGGAAAGAAAAAAAAUCUGUUUGUUGGACUACUCUCCAGUGAAAUAUUACCCUCGUUUUAUUUAAAUAAGAUGUUCUUCAUUAUGGUUUAUAGUAUAGUACCAAUAACUAAUCAUUUGUAUUAUUGCUUCAACAUUAGAGCUGAGUUUUAUUUUGAGAAAUGUUUGCAAUAAAUUGAAGAACUGCAGUGCCCUUUUGUGGAAGGAUUUAGAAAUAAUAGAACUACUAAAGAUAUUAAACACACUCUACUGAUAUAAUUUAAUACCAAUUUUUAAGUUUUUUUUCUAUUUGAGCUUUAAUGUACUUAUGUUUACCUGCAGUUCUUACUUUGCUUAAAUGAUAACUAUAGUAGACAAUUUCAAAGAAAGCCCUUCUAAGCAAAUACUACAUGUCCAAAGCUCUUUUUUCUUUUUUUUGUUGUCUGUAGUUAAAAAAUAUCUUCUUGUAUAUAA